CCGCCGCGGCGGCGCCGCCGGGGAGGGGCGAGCCCGGCCGCCCCCCUCCCCUCCCUUCCCCUCCCCUCCCUUCUCCUGCCGGUCCCCUCCCCUUCGGGCGCGCGCUCGCCCCGGCGGCGGCGGCUCCCGGCGAUGCGGUGAGAGGAGCGAGGCGAGCAGGGAGGGAGGGACGGACGAGCGGCCGCGCUCGGUGAGGGGCCGCCGGGAGCCCCCCCCCCCCGCGCCAGGACUUGCAGUGAAUGGAGGAGGACACUUUUUACUAGAGGUUUAACUCGUCUAAAGAUAUCAAGUGUUUGGGAUACACCGAGUGGAACGGGAUCACCAUGUUUCGAAACAGUCUCAAGAUGCUUCUCACAGGAGGGAAGUCAAACCGCAAAAACAGGUCCAGUGAUGGAGGGAACGAGGAGCCACCAGACCGAAGACAGGCAAGUGUAGACUCCCGUCAGAGCCGAGCUGGGCAAGGCACCUCCACAGAGAACGACUGUGCUUUUGAACCCGACUACGCAAUUCCUCCUCUCCCAGUGACCGAAGGUAUGCAGCACAUUCGGAUUAUGGAGGGCAUGUCCCGCUCCCUUCCAUCCUCCCCCUUACUCACACAUCAGUCUAUCAGUGUUCGGCUCCAACCUGUGAAGAAGUUAACUGCCCCUUUGAGGAAAGCAAAGUUUGUGGAGAGCCCUCGAAUCCCAGAGUCUGAGCUUGGCUCCCCAACCCUCUCUGCAGCCCAGAAGCUGGACGUUGAUGCUUUCUGCCCUGGUGACGCUGAGCAGGAGCUGGGACCCCCUCCAUCCGUAGAUGAGGCAGCAAACACACUCAUGACUCGCCUGGGCUUCCUCCUCGGAGAGAAAGUCACGGAGGUUCAGCCAGGGCCCCAGUACAGCAUGGAGGUGCAGGACGAGAACCAGAGCUCGGCGGUGACGCAGCGCAUCAGCCCCUGCUCCACCCUGACCAGCAGCACGGCCUCGCCGCCCGCCAGCAGCCCCUGCUCCACCCUCCCUCCCGUCAGCACCAGUGUCACGGCCAAGGACUGCACCUACGGAGCUGUCACCAGCCCCACCUCCACCCUGGAGAGCCGGGACAGCGGCAUCAUCGCCACUCUGACAAGUUACUCCGAAAAUGUGGAACGCACUAAAUAUGGAGGGGAAAGCAGUAAAGAGCUUGGAUCUGGAGGAAACCUGAAACCUUGGCAGUCCCAGAAAUCCAGCAUGGACUCCUGCCUGUACCGUGUGGACGAGAACAUGACGGCCUCCACCUACAGCCUCAACAAAAUCCCCGAGAGGAACCUGGAGACCGUCCUGUCCCAGUCGGUGCAGUCCAUCCCUCUUUACCUUAUGCCACGGCCAAACUCAGUAGCAGCCACCAGCUCGGCCCACCUGGAGGACCUGGCGUACCUGGACGAGCAGAGACACACCCCCCUGCGCACGUCCCUGCGGAUGCCGCGGCAGAGCGUGGCCGGCGCCCGGGCACAGCAGGACCUGAGAGUGCGGUUCGCGCCCUACAGGCCCCCCGACAUCUCCCUGAAGCCGCUGCUCUUCGAGGUGCCCAGCAUCACCACCGAGUCCGUGUUCGUGGGCCGCGACUGGGUGUUCCACGAGAUCGACGCGCAGCUCCAGAGCUCCAACGCCAGCGUCAACCGGGGCGUGGUGAUCGUCGGCAACAUCGGCUUCGGCAAGACCGCCAUCAUCUCCAGGCUGGUGGCGCUCAGCUGCCACGGCACCCGCAUGAGGCAGAUCGCCUCGGACAGCCCCCACGCCUCCCCGAAGCAUGUGGAUGCCAACCGGGAGCUGCCCCUGACCCAGCCACCUUCUGCUCACCCGUCCAUCACCAGCGGGAGCUGCCCGGGCACCCCCGAGAUGCGCCGGCGCCAGGAGGAGGCCAUGAGGAGAUUGGCCUCACAGGUCGUGGCCUAUCACUACUGCCAGGCCGACAACGCCUACACCUGCCUGGUGCCCGAGUUCGUGCACAACGUGGCCGCCCUGCUGUGCCGCUCCCCGCAGUUCGUGGCCUACCGGGAGCAGCUGCUGCGCGAGCCCCACCUGCAGAGCCUGCUCAGCCUGCGCUCCUGCGUCCAGGACCCCAUGGCCUCCUUCCGCAGGGGCGUCCUGGAGCCCCUGGAGAACCUGCACAAAGAGAGGAAGAUCCCUGAUGAAGAUUUCAUUAUACUAAUUGAUGGUUUAAACGAGGCUGAAUUUCACAAGCCAGAUUAUGGAGACACCAUAGUAUCAUUCCUGAGCAAAAUGAUUGGAAAAUUUCCUUCCUGGCUGAAGCUGAUAGUGACAGUCAGGACAAGUCUACAGGAAAUAAUUAAGCUGUUGCCCUUCCACAGAAUAUUUUUGGAUAGACUGGAAGAGAACGAAGCCAUCGACCAGGACCUGCAGGCUUACAUCCUGCACCGGAUCCACAGCAGCUCGGAGAUCCAGAACAACAUCUCGCUCAACGGCAAAAUGGACAACACCACGUUCGGCAAACUCAGCUCUCACCUCAAGACCUUGAGCCAGGGGUCCUACCUGUACCUGAAACUCACUUUUGAUCUCAUAGAGAAAGGAUACCUGGUGCUAAAAAGCUCCAGCUACAAGGUGGUGCCCGUGUCCCUGUCCGAGGUGUACCUGCUGCAGUGCAAUAUGAAGUUCCCAACACAGUCUUCCUUUGACCGGGUCAUGCCCCUCUUGAAUGUGGCAGUGGCUUCUCUGCACCCAUUAACAGACGAACAUAUUUUUCAGGCCAUUAAUGCAGGUAACAUUGAGGGCACUUUGGAGUGGGAGGACUUUCAGCAGAGGAUGGAGAACCUUUCUAUGUUUCUUAUCAAACGUAGAGAUAUGACGCGAAUGUUUGUUCAUCCCUCUUUCCGAGAAUGGCUUAUUUGGAGAGAAGAAGGUGAAAAGACCAAGUUUCUUUGUGAUCCUAGGAGUGGCCACACCCUGCUUGCCUUCUGGUUUUCCCGACAAGAAGGAAAAUUAAAUCGACAGCAAACUAUUGAACUGGGACAUCACAUCCUCAAAGCACAUAUUUUUAAGGGGCUGAGUAAAAAAGUUGGGGUGUCUUCCUCCAUCCUCCAAGGGCUUUGGAUCUCCUACAGUACUGAAGGUCUUUCCAUGGCUUUGGCAUCUCUGAGAAAUCUCUACACCCCAAACAUAAAGGUCAGUCGGCUGCUGAUUUUGGGAGGUGCAAACGUGAAUUACAGGACAGAAGUGCUGAACAACGCCCCCAUCCUGUGUGUCCAGUCCCACCUGGGCUACGCCGAGAUGGUGGCUUUGCUCCUGGAGUUUGGGGCCAACGUCGACGCCGCCUCGGAGAGCGGCCUGACCCCCCUUGGCUACGCGGCUGCUGCCGGAUUCCUGAGCAUUGUGGUGCUGCUGUGCAAGAAAAGGGCCAAGGUGGAUCAUCUGGACAAGAACGGUCAGUGUGCCCUGGUCCACGCCGCCCUCAGAGGACACUUGGAGGUGGUGAAGUUCUUGAUCCAGUGUGACUGGAGCAUGGCUGGGCAGCAGCAGGGGGUGUUCAAGAAGAGCCACGCCAUCCAGCAGGCCCUGAUCGCCGCCGCCAGCAUGGGCUACACCGAGAUCGUCUCCUACCUGCUCGAUCUGCCAGAAAAAGAUGAAGAGGAGGUGGAGAGAGCACAGAUCAACAGCUUUGACAGCCUCUGGGGAGAGACAGCUCUGACGGCGGCGGCGGGGCGCGGGAAGCUGGAGGUGUGCCGGCUGCUCCUGGAGCAGGGCGCGGCCGUGGCACAGCCCAACCGCCGCGGGGUCGUCCCGCUCUUCAGCGCCGUCAGGCAGGGCCACUGGCAGAUCGUGGAUCUCCUGCUCACGCACGGCGCCGACGUGAACAUGGCAGACAAGCAGGGCAGGACACCACUGAUGAUGGCAGCGUCCGAGGGGCACCUGGGCACCGUGGAGUUCCUGCUUGCACAAGGUGCCUCCAUCUCUCUGAUGGACAAGGAGGGAUUGACAGCCCUGAGCUGGGCCUGUCUGAAGGGCCACCUGCCCGUGGUGCGUUCCCUGGUGGAGAACGGAGCUGCCACCGACCACGCGGACAAGAACGGGCGCACGCCGCUGGACCUGGCGGCGUUCUACGGCGACGCAGAGGUGGUUCAGUUCCUGGUGGACCAUGGGGCCAUGAUCGAGCACGUCGACUACAGCGGGAUGCGGCCCCUCGACAGGGCCGUCGGCUGCCGCAACACCUCGGUCGUCGUCACCCUCCUGAAGAAAGGAGCAAAGAUAGGUCCAGCAACAUGGGCGAUGGCAACCUCCAAACCAGACAUCAUGAUCAUCCUGUUGAGCAAGCUGAUGGAGGAGGGAGACAUGUUUUAUAAGAAAGGUAAAGUGAAAGAGGCUGCCCAGCGCUACCAGUACGCCCUGAAAAAGUUCCCCAGGGAAGGGUUUGGAGAAGACCUGAAAACCUUCCGUGAGCUGAAGGUGUCGCUGCUCCUCAACCUGUCCCGGUGUCGAAGGAAAAUGAACGAUUUUGGGAUGGCGGAGGAGUUUGCCACUAAAGCUCUGGAGCUGAAACCGAAGUCUUACGAAGCUUACUAUGCAAGAGCAAGGGCCAAACGCAGCAGCAGGCAGUUUUCAGCAGCCCUGGAGGACCUGAACGAGGCCAUCAAGCUGUGUCCCAACAACCGUGAGAUCCAGCGGCUGCUGCUGCGGGUGGAGGAGGAGUGCAGGCAGGUGCAGCAGCAGCAGCAGCAGCCGCCGCCGCUCCCGGCAGAGCCGGAACCCGAAGUCCAGCACGAAGAGCUGUACUCUGUGCAGGAUAUCUUCGAGGAGGAGUACCUCGAGCAGGACGUAGAAAAUGUUUCCAUUGGCCUGCAGACAGAGUCCAGGCCAAACCAAGGGCUGCCCAUCAUCCAGAGCCCACCCCCGUCCCCAGCUCACAGGGACUCGGCCUAUAUCUCCGGCUCACCUCUUGGCUCUCAUCAGGUCUUUGAUUUCAGGUCCAACAGCUCCGUGGGGUCUCCAACCAGGCAGGGCUACCAGUCCACAUCUCCUGCUCUGUCUCCGACGCACCAAAACUCACAUUACAGGCCCAGUCCUCCACACACGUCCCCGGCUCACCAGGGCUCCACGUACCGCUUCAGCCCCCCUCCCGUCGGAAGCCAAGGGAAGGAAUAUCAGAGCCCGCCGCCGUCUCCUCUUCGCAGAGGCCCCCAGUACCGCGCCAGCCCCCCUGCAGAGAGCAUGAGCGUCUACAGGUCACAGUCGGGCUCCCCGGUGCGUUACCAGCAGGAGCCCAGCGGGGUCACCCAGCUCCCCGGCAGACCCAAGUCUCCGCUCUCCAAGAUGACACAGAGAUCCUUCCAGAUGCCCCAGCUCCCCGUGGCCGUGCCCCAGCAGGGGCUGAGGCUGCAGCCAGCCAAGGCACAGAUCGUGAGGAGCAACCAGCCCAGCUCCGCCGUCCACUCCAGCACUGUCAUCCCGACCGGGGCGUACAGCCAGGUUGCCCACUCGAUGGCCAGCAAGUACCAGUCGUCGUCGGGGGACAUGGGGGUCAGCCAGAGCAGGCUGGUCUACCAGGGCUCCAUCGGGGGCAUCGUGGGCGACAGCAGGCCCGUGCAGCACGUGCAGGCGAGCCUCAGUGCCGGGGCCAUCUGUCAGCACGGAGGGCUGGCCAAGGAAGACCUUCCCCAGAGACCGUCCUCGGCGUACAGAGGGGGGAUGAGGUACAGCCAGACACCUCAGAUCGGGCGGAGCCAGUCCGCUUCCUACUAUCCCGUGUGUCACUCCAAGCUCGACCUGGAGCGUUCUCCCCUCCCCGCCAACCAGCUGGGCUCUCCGGAUGUGUCUCAUCUCAUAAGAAGGCCCAUCUCAGUUAAUCCCAGCGAAAUCAAGCCUCACCCGCCGACUCCCAGGCCGCUGCUGCACUCUCAAAGCGUGGGCCUGCGCUUCUCCCCUUCCAGCAAUAGCAUCUCCUCCACCUCCAACCUGACUCCCAACUUCCGCCCUUCUGCCUCGAUUCAGCAAAUGGAGAUUCCCCUCAAGCCGGCCUACGACAGAUCGUGCGACGAGCUCUCUCCGGUGUCCCCCACGCAGGGGGGUUAUCCCAGCGAGCCGGCCCGCUCCCGGACCACGCCCUUCAUGGGAAUCAUAGAUAAAACCGCUCGGACUCAGCAGUACCCCCACCUCCAUCAGCAGAACCGGACCUGGGCCGUGUCGUCAGUGGACACUGUCAUUAGUCCCACGUCUCCUGGCAAUCUGCCCCAGCCGGAAUCCUUUAGCCCGCCCUCUUCAAUCAGCAACAUUGCCUUUUAUAACAAAACCAACAAUGCACAGAAUGGCCAUUUGCUAGAGGAAGACUAUUACAGCCCCCAUGGGAUGCUGGCCAAUGGGUCCCGGGGAGACCUCCUGGAGAGAGUCACCCAAGCCUCCUCGUACCCCGACGUCAAGGUGGCAAGGACGCUGCCCGUGGCGCAGGCCUACCAGGAUAACCUGUACAGGCAGCUCUCCAGGGACUCCAGGCAAGGGCAGACGUCCCCAAUCAAACCAAAGAGACCAUUUGUGGAGUCUAAUGUGUAAAAGACGCUUGUUGGAGUAAGACCCUCAUGUUUUCAGCACACACUUCCAAGCUUGAUUUCCAUGCAUAUUAUUAUUAUUAAUUAUUAUUAUUAUUAUUAUUAUUAUUAUUAUUAUUAUUUUUAUUUCUCUCUGGUAGCUACAUGACCAAGUUUCUCCGGUACUUUGUGUGGUGGUCAGACAGCCAUGCACGUGCUCCAGCCCUUUCGUUCCCCAGCUGACCGUGAAGCCAACAUCAGCCGAGCCAGUAUCGUUUGCCCAAUUCCAGCAAAAUUCCAACCAGGAUAUCUUAGUCCGUGGUGCGGGGUGGCCCAGAGAUAUCCCUACGCAGCGGGAGGUAACCAGCUCUUUUUCAAGAGACAAUUGCCUUCGAUUUAAAUUGGUUUCUUUUGUCUCGAUGAGCUCUUACUCAAUUCUGAUGGGAAUUCCUAGGGAUCACAGGAGCCUUCCCAAGGCUUGAUCUGCGGGUCCCCGUGCCAGCCAGGUCGUUUGGCUCUUUGCCCCAAAGAGCAAAUUACCCUCAGCGAGCGAGGCCUGAGGGUGAUGUGAUGUAACACCAGUAGCUAUGCACAACACCCAUCCUGAUUCCUCUGGUUUCCAGCAUUUUAAUCCCAGUUGGAUUCCUUCCUUCUUGAACCGCGUCGUCGGUGGUGGGGUGGGGAUCACUUUGCUGCUUUCCAAGUACCUGCCAGGUGCCCCUACACUGAUUUCAUUGCUCUGGGACGUUUUACAAGCGUUGAGGGCUUAAGGUUGGCCCUUUCUUUACGUGUUUUAAUCAGCCAAGGGAAUUGGCCAGGAACCUGUUGUGUGUGAACCGGGAUUGCACCAACUUCCUCACACACAGCAUUUGCACCAGGGAGGGUCAGUGCUGGGGCCUUCAUUUGUGGGGGGAGAUUUAUCACUUGAGAGGAAAAACAAAAAUCUGACUUUAAAAGUGGUAUUCAAGGAGAAAAAUCACAAUUUUUAAUUUUUAAUUUAUUUUCUUUUUGAUGAUGAGGAUGCAGAACAUUGGCACGGUGGGUCUCAAAAGAGAAAGGGUCCUUCUGCAAUCCCAGCCCUGCAGCACCCCUUCCCUCCAGCUCUCUCCCACCAGAGAGCCAGGGCUGUAGCAAGGGCUGCACCUCUCUAAGAUCCCUUCCCAAAAUCCUGGAAAGCAAUGCUGUGUUCCAGAGCUGUACAUGGCAGAGACCAUGUUUUGCUUUUUGAGGAGCUGUAGUUAAAAGACACCUAUUUAUAAUUUAUUUAUGUUACCUAUUUCAGGACAUUUUUCAUUUGGGGGUUUUUUCUCUUGUUUCUGGGGUUUUAACCAAAUGCAAGUCACAUCAAGACGACGUGAAAAGCAGGGGCCAGUUCCAAGAUCCUUUUUAUAGGAUUUUCAAUAAGUUUUCAGUUAUUCGCCGAAAAUUUCUUUUGGGUUGGGGGGGGGGUAAGAACUUCCUUUACCGAUUCCCUUAUUCCUGGUGGGAAUUCCUCCGUUCCUGAGGGCGAAGGGUGGGAUGCCAGGGAGGGGGAGAGCGAUAACCCUGUAGCUUGUUUUAAAGCAAACUUAGUGCCUGUUGCCCGAUGCCGAACCUCACUCAUAUCAACUCUUGGGAGCGAUCUCAGUGCUGAGCAGGGGGAGCGAUACCUUCCGGGGUCUCCAAAGGGCUAAAUGUGAAUCGAUUGCAAGACUUCUUGAACCAAAUCACGGGCUCCAACCUUGGCUGGUGUCAGUGAGCACAUCCCAGCGCCACUUCACUGCAGCUGCAGCCAUUCCCACCAGCUCAGGACUGGGUCCGAAACUCCUUAAGCAAACCCUGGCUUCGAUGGGGCUUUUUGUUUUCUUCCCUGUGUGGGGCUCAGCAUAUCUUGUUGCUGUUUUGUUGCCUAAUUUGCUCAGAGCGAGCUGGGACAUGCAAACCUUGGGGGGUGAUGGAGGCUUGUGUCUCAUAGACACAUGGAGAGCAUUCAGGGGAGUGUUUCCUCGAUGAGUUUUGGCCAUUUGGGGCUGUUUGGUCUUUGUCCGAGUCGGUAUUUGGAUUGAGGUUGGUGUUUUCUUCCUUGAGGUGCGACCCAGCGCUGACUCUUUGCUUUACCACAGGGUAAAGCGGGGGCCACACUGGGACCCCCUCGGUGGGGGCACCCAGCUCCGUGCCCUGUUUCUCUCCUUGCAAAGGGGGUGCGAUGGUUUUCUUUCUCCCUCUCUUUUUUGAAGCAGCACGUUCUGCUUUGUAAGGAACGGCCGAUUUCUCCUCCGCAUCCCGCGCGCCCACGGCCGGCACACGUAUCCCGCGUCUGGAGCUGCACCAGUCGCUUUGCUCAGCACCUCUUGUCCUCCAGCUUUCUGCCCAGGUGGCUUCCUACCUUUAGUUGCUUCUUUGAAAGGAAAAAGUAACCAAAUUCAGCCCCAUCCCUGUUUUUCCCGGCCGAGCGAGGCGCACUGUGGCCGCGCUCCGGUUCUCCCCGCUGAGAUGCCAACGGGACGGUCCGAGAGCAGCGAUGGGAGAACUGCCCGUGCUUUGCUUUCGCUGCUCACUGCCUUGUGCUCCCAGUCCUGUCCUUCAGAACGUCCCCUCACAGCACUUCUGUGUGUAACUUUCGGGCUUAUGAAGAUGUUUCAAGGGAAGAUGAAAACAGCUCACACUUUUCAACACGGACACCAAGCUGAAGAAGGCUUAAAACACUGCGGCGUGCAGGUUUUUUCACAAUUCCACGUGUUACAUUUUUCACAGAAUUCUUGCACUAAUGGUUUUCCAUCUGUUCUCUCUGUAAAUGGGUGCACUUUACUGUUUGAAUUUGUUACUAUGAUAAAUACUGGAUAUUUAA